AUUCCGGGAGGAAUGGACCCGGCAUUCUACGGAUGCUUGGGUCAAAGAAAUUGUGACGGAAGGAUAUCAUCUAGACUUCACAACUGUUCCACCCAGGAGGUUCCUCAUGUCCAGAGUACCCCACAACCCUCAGAAGGCAAAAGCCUUUCUACAGUGUAUAGACAAGAUGGAGAGAUCCGGAGUUGUAGUUCCAGUACCCUACACGGAGAGAUUCUCAGGGUUUUACUCCAACCUGUUUACAGUACCAAAGAAGGAUGGGGGACUACGGCCAGUACUAGAUCUCAAGGGUCUCAACAAAUUCAUUCGGUCGAUACGCUUCAAGAUGGAAACGUUGAGGUCGGUAAUUCGGGGGAUGGAACAGGGUCAACUGAUGAUGUCCUUAGACAUCAAAGAUGCCUACCUACAUGUACCGAUUUGGCCUCCUCAUCAAUGUUAUCUCCGAUUCGCAUUCAAAAACAAGCACUAUCAGUUCGUGGCGCUUCCGUUCGGACUAUCGUCCGCCCCCAGAGUGUUCACGAAGUUAAUGGCUGUAACAGCGGCCACGUUGAGGCUACAAGGGAUUUCAGUGACCCCCUACUUGGACGACCUCCUCCUGAAGGCCAGAUCAGAGAUGAGGGCCAAGGAGGAUUUACAGAAGGCGGUACAGUUGUUACAGGACUUCGGAUGGACCAUCAACUGGUCGAAGUCCAAUCCCCACCCCAGCCACAACAUGUUGUUUCUGGGUCUGGAAUUCAACACGAUUUCGCAGACUGUAAGUCUACCCGCAGAAAAACAGAUCAGGAUCAGGGAUCAGGUGCGGUCACUCUUAUCCAGCCAAUGGAUAACGGUGCACAGGGCAAUGCAAGUUUUAGGGACGAUGGUGUCAGCCAUCGAGGCGGUACCUUUCGCACAAAUACACCUUCGACCGCUUCAAGCAAGCAUUCUUACUUCAUGGAAAGGGGGUCCGCUAUCUCGACUCCUUUCAUUAUCACAACCGACAAAGAAAGCAUUGCGGUGGUGGCUGAGUCCGAAGAACCUAGCAGUAGGUCAAUCCUGGGCAACCCCGAACUGGGUUGUGAUAUCAACGGAUGCCAGUCUUCAGGGAUGGGGUGCGACUUGCUACAAUCAGUCAGCACAAGGUCUAUGGUCUCCCGAGGAAUCCAGACUACCGAUAAAUAUCCUAGAACUAAGAGCAGUAAAGCUAGCCCUAGCUCAAUGGACGAGACAGCUUGCAGAAAAACCAAUACGCAUUCAAAGCGACAACGCUACAACGGUAGCGUACAUAAACCGUCAGGGAGGCACGAGAAGUCGGGCAGCACUGACGGAAGCAAGACAAAUUCUACACUGGGCAGAGAUCAAUUCAGUACAGCUAUCUGCAAUUCACAUUCCGGGAAUAUCCAAUACAAAGGCAGACUUCCUCAGUCGAAAUCAUCUGGAUCCAGGGGAAUGGGAACUACACCCAGAAGUGUUCGAUCAACUCACGAAUCAAUGGGGCAUUCCCAGCAUAGACCUAAUGGCUUCCAGAAGCAACCGAAAAGUAACAAGGUUUUUCGCCCGCUACAGGGAUCCGUUGGCACUGGGGGUGGAUGCCAUGACCCAGCACUGGAAUUUCAAUCUAGCUUAUGUAUUCCCUCCACUUCCUAUGCUACCGAGAGUGCUCAAAAAGAUCAAACAAUCUCAAUUGACGGUAAUUGUGGUAGCACCAUACUGGCCUCGGAGAACGUGGUUCACCGAUCUACGGGAAAUGUCAAUCGCUCAGCCAGUUCGGCUGGAGUCCAGACCAGAUCUUCUGCAGCAGGGGCCCAUAACACACCACAACCCCGGACUGUUCUCUUUGACGGGAUGGCUGUUGAGAUUUCCAUCUGGAAGAGCCAAGGAUUAGAUGAAGAGGUCAUACCUACCAUGUUGAAGGCUAGAAAAGCAUCUUCGUCCAGGUCUUACCACAGAGUUUGGCACUCGUACUACAAUUGGUGUAAGGAGUCAGACUUUCCUUUCCUUGAACUACAGUUACCACGAAUACUUUCCUUUCUGCAACAAGGUUUAAAAAUGGGCCUCAAGCUUAGCUCCUUAAAGGUUCAAGUGUCGGCUCUGUCAAUCCUCUUUCAAUCUCGCCUAGCGAAUGAAGAUAUUAUACGCACGUUUCUGCAAGGAGUGGCACACAUCAUGCCACCAUUCCGCCCACCCGUGGCAGGCUGGGACCUCAAUCUAGUGCUGGAAGCAUUGCUCGAUCCACCGUUUGAACCAUUAAGUUCAGUCUCUGAUACAUGGAUUACUUAUAAGGUGGUUUUUCUGGUGGCAAUUUCAUCUACUAGAAGAGUAUCGGAACUCAGCGCCCUUUCAUGUGAACCUCCAUACUUGAUAUUCCAUAAAGAUAAAGCUGUUCUCAGAACGGUACCGACGUUCUUGCCCAAGGUUGUUUCUGCAUUUCAUGUGAACCAAGAAAUCGUAGUUCCUUCUCUCUGUCCAGAUCCGAAGAAUGAUAAGGAACGCCGACUACACAAGUUAGAUGUUGUCAGAGCAUUGCGAUGGUAUAUUGAUCGUUCCAAAUCCUUUCGGAAAUCCCCUGCUCUGUUCGUUCUUCCAUCUGGUCCCCGCAGGGGUCAGCCAGCUUCUAAGUCGGUCUUGUCUAGAUGGAUCAGAGAAUCGAUUAAGCAAGCUUAUUCUGCAAAAGGAAAACCUCCUCCAGAGGGACUCAGGGCUCACUCUACCAGAGCGGUGGGUGCUUCCUGGGCAUGGCGUAACUCAGCUUCCUUAGAGCAAAUCUGUAAGGCGGCUACCUGGUCCUCUACUCAUACAUUUGCCAAAUUUUACAAAGUCGACACAUAUUCUUCCGCCGAAGCUUCUCUUGGACGGAUGGUGUUGCAAUCCGUAAUCAAAUAAAUUCAUAUAUGUAUAUACAGCUCGCUCCCACCCUGCUGUUGUUGGGACUGCUUUGUUAAGUCCCCAUCGGUCCCUGUGUCCCCCUAAGAUGACAGAGAAAACAGGAUUUUUGUUACUCACCGUUAAAUCUGUUUCUCUGUAGUCGAAAGGGGGACACAGGGCUUCCCGCCUCGGCGAGCUGGUGACCGCUUGGUCACGUUUGAAUAGUUCCUUGGUUUACUUUCUGUCUGUUGAUAGUUUUUAAUACUUACGUUAGCAGCUUUGGAACAAACUGAAUAGGAAUGUACAGUGUGAGGGGUAAAGCCCGUUGGCCACGCCCCUUUAAUUACUUCAAGUGUCCUGCCUCCUGGAGGAUGGAGCUUAACCCCAUCGGUCCCUGUGUCCCCCUUUCGACUACAGAGAAACAGAUUUAACGGUGAGUAACAAAAAUCCUGUUUUAUUUCCUCCGGUAGCUGCAAAUUUAAAUGGUUUGUUCACCUUUAAAUUAACUCUUGGUAUGAUGUAGAGAGUGAUAUUCUGAGAGAAGUUUCAAUUGGUUUUUAUUUGUGUUUGAGUUUUUUACUUUUUAUUCAGCAGCUCUACUGUUUGCAACAAAAAUCUGGUAGCUAGCAUCCAAAUUGCCCUAGCAACCAUGCAUUGAUUUGAAUAAGGGUGGGAAUAUGAAUAGGAGAGGGCCUUAAAAGAAAGACAAGUAAUAAAAAGUAGCAAUAACAAUAGAUUUGUAGCCUUACAGAGCAUUUGUUUUUAUGUGGGGUCAGUGACCCCCAAUUAAAAGCUUGAAAGUCAUAAGGUGGCAAACAAUUCAAAAACUAAAUAAUGAAGACCAAUUAAAAUAUUUCUUAGAUUUAUCCAUUCUAUAAACGUUAACUCAAAGGUGAACCACCUGUUUAACACACAAACUGUUGCUCUGUUCAAUUAAUUUAUUAUACUUUGUGUAGUCUAAAGCUGGCCAUAGACACAACGAUCCGAUCGUACGUUUCGGACCGUGUGUGGAGAGUCCUGACAUUUUUCGUCCGUCGGAGAUCGG